UCGGACGAGCAGCUGGUGGGCAUGUCGGUGCGGGAGCUGAACCGCCGGCUGCGGGGCUUCGGCAAGGACGAGGUGCUGCGGCUGAAGCAGAAGCGCCGCACGCUGAAGAACCGCGGCUACGCCCAGUCCUGCCGCUUCAAGCGGGUGCAGCAGCGCCACGUGCUGGAGGCGGAGAAAUCCCAGCUGGCCCGCGAGCUGGACGCCCUGCGGGGGGAGCUGGCCCGGCUCGCCCACGAGCGCGACCUCUACAAGGCCCGCUGCGAGAAGCUGCUGCCCCAGCCCCCCUCGCCCUCCCAGUUCUUCCUCUGA